GCCCACGAAACCUGAACCGAACGGAACGAAACCAGCAAACAGGCGAACGCGCACCGCGCAAAACGUGCCCGCUCGGGAAACAACCGAGGGUUGUUUUCCACUGGCGUUCGAAUCGUUUGGGUGUUCAAAACCAUACGGCUAGUAUUGCCCAUCGGUGCCAAAACAACAGUCCCUCGCGGUUGUUGCGGCGUUUGUGUUGUGUUGCCUGGUGUUCGAAAACUCGCCGCAAACGGUGACGGUGGAAGCGUAUUAAAGUUCACAAAAUCACGUGCGUGUGUUUUCUUGAAAGUUGUAAGAAGAGGGUGAAGAAAAAAAACUUUCUGAAAGUGAGUUCGAUGUGAUACAAAUUAAAGUGUCCAUAGUGAACAGUGGGAAGAAGUGAGUGACUUAAGAGCUUGUCAGUUGAAGAAACCCAGACCCGACGACGUUUCAGUCCGAUGUGUCCUCCUCACUGUUUCUGGUCUCCUUUUCCCAGAAGAUGAAGUAAAAUCUCCUGUAAAGUGAUCGUGCAGUGCAGUCGAUUUAUUAAAUCCGGAAAAUAAGACAGCCGAGACAUAGUGUUGGAACCCGGGACGUUGGUGAAUGAGUACUCGUAAAGUUUAUGAUGUGGCAUAUAAAAAAGUAGAUGUUCAGUGUAUCCUUGCCUGUGCCGUGUGUGAAUGUUUGGAUGUGAUCUUGUGAGUUUGUGUAUAGGCCAAAACGGGAUAUCGUUUCGUGUGUGUGUGUGUAAUUCCGACGGGCGGGCAGUUUAUUGAAGAGUUUAGAAAUUGAGAAAAAACGACAUCAUUAAACCGUGGUAGAAGAUAAUAUUUAUUGCGGUGUUGUGAAGUGAAAAGGAGCAGCUCGAUCCAGUUGCACAUUGCGCCGGUGACGGUGAAGAUCAUACCAUACGAAGUCUGCCGUGCCAGGCACAUACCGUCAUUGGGCCGGCCUUCCCAAGAGCCUAGGAACCGGAGCAGCCUAGGAACUCUUGAGUCUGAGAGAAAAAAGGCAUACCCCGGGCCCGUACGAAGGAUUACAUUACACCUUUGGCCAUUUACAAACCGUUCUUGUGUGUGUGUGUGUGCGGUGACACGCAACGAUGAGCGGCCUAGGGAACUAGGGAAAUCCGGCCAUAAUCCUCACAAAACCAUCAUCCAGACCGGACCCACCUCACUCGGAACGCAUCGCAGAACUUCGAGCCACAAACCAUGGUCCCGCAGGGUGACGUUCGUCCGUUUGGCUUGCGACUUUCACACUCCACGUGCCAGCUAGCGGCCGAUCGGAUCCUGCCACGGCGACUCCUGCAGCUGGCGCUGCUGCUGCUUCUGUACUGUAGCGGGUUUGCCGAUGGUAGCUGGUGGCGCAUUGCUGACCUUUCGCUGGACAAGGACCACUUCCAUCGGGACAAUCGAAGCUUCGAGCUGUGCGGCGAUUCAACGUACUUUACGGACCACCAGCGAGACACGUGCUACAAUAAUCCGGAACUGUUGAACGUGAUUGUAAGAGCAGCCAAUACUGCCAAAUAUGAGUGCCAAACAUACUUUCAAAACAAUCGCUGGAACUGCUCGGCGAAACGCGGAUCGGGCAUUUACUAUGGAAAUUUUGACGAUAAAGGCAACCGUGAGACCGCGUACCUUAGCGCCAUCAACUCAGCUUCACUGGCCUGGACGAUCACGCGCGCCUGUACCAAGGGCGAACUGACAUCCUGCCAGUGCGAUCGCAUCGUACGCAGCAAGCACAGCAACAAAUGGACCUGGGGCGGCUGCUCGGAGGAUAUCAAGUACGGCAUCAAGCAGGCCCGUUCGUUCACCGACCCGCAGGAGAAUCGUACCACCAGCUUCGGGCUGAUGAAUCUACACAACAAUGAGGCCGCACGACGAAUAUUACGGUCAAAGAUGGAGAAAGUUUGCAAAUGUCACGGAAUGUCGGGCUCCUGCACAACGCGCGUCUGCUGGCGACGGCUACCCCCGAUGAAGCUGAUCGCCGACACGCUCGGUUCUAUGUUCGAUGCAGCGGCACAAGUAAAGCCAGUUGAAAACAAGGGCAUCAUAAGGAAGCUGACGCGCAAGGAUCUCGACUACAAGAAGGUGAACAAGUCUGAUUUGGUGUACAUUGCGGAAUCGCCCAACUACUGCGAGGAAAAUGAAAGUUUGGGCAUCUUCAGUACACGUGGCCGCUUCUGCAACCGAACAUCGUACGGUAUCGAAGGGUGCCGGCUGCUGUGCUGCGGCCGGGGCUAUCAGACACGCGUACGCAACGUGGAGGAACAGUGCAACUGCAAGUUCGUCUGGUGCUGUGCGGUCAAGUGUGACACGUGCAGCAUGCGCAAGGAUGAACACAUCUGCAACUAAAACACGCAACAUCCCACCUCCCGCUCGGGAGUUAAUGGCAGGAAGGAUUUGCCCCGAUACCUUAUCUUCCACCACCAACAACGAAAACAAACAGCAGUGCAACGGAACCCCCACCCACCCUGGGCAGAAUUUAAAAGCCAUCGAGCAACGCGGAUAGAACGAACGUAGUGCGUAGUGGAAGAGAAAGGAAAUAGGGGGAAGAAAAAAUAAUACGAAUCGUGUAACUAUUUAUUCAAAAAAAAAAAAACAAACAUCGAGGCAUUUGUAUCGUCCAUCCAUCCAUCAAUCGUCAUCAUCGUAGUCAUCAUCUUUCGAAUUAACAAUCUCUUGGAACCAAUGGCACUUAGCUUAAAACAACAACCUUCCAUAAGAUGCUAGUGUGGCAUGGAAUCCUGCAGGCAAAAGUUGAUCCACGCUCAUUCGUUCGGAGAGCAUUUGUCCCUUCAGUUUUGUGUGUGCCGGCGUGUGUGUGUGUGGGUGCGUGCGGUUCCUUCAUUCAAUACCAUUUGCCGUAGGGACAGACACACGCCACCCGAAUUCGCUUACCGACGUGGCACGCAACGGUUCAUACCAGGAGAGCGCAUUUUGAAUUUCUGUGAUUUGAUUUUAGAGAGCUUUUUUAUUUUAUUUAGUAAUUAAAGCGUAGCCAACGCACCGCAGUAAGGUGCUGUAAGUGUAUUUUUAGCUUUUAUUUCGAGGUAAUUAGUGUAAGGAUGGCGCCCAAGCGAGCGAGGAAGAGCGCGAGUGCGCAUCAUAUUCAGCCAAUCCGUUUUAUUCUGUUGGUUUGGCCCUUUUUUUCUUUUGAAUCACUUAAACCCUUUCCGCGCAUUUUGUACUGGAAUAAUAAAGAAUGUAGGAGCGGACGGCUUCAAUUCCAUCCUUGUAUCGCCAGUUCCAGCUUAUCACUUCACUUGGAGAGAAGUACGGUUGAAGGUUUGCGAUUAUUAUUAGCGUGUUCGGACUCUGUUUAUAAACUAUUUUCUAAUGUAAUGUAAUAUGGCUAAAAACCAACCAACAAGCGAACAAACAAACAAACAAACAAACACGAACAAAAAUAAACCACUCUCAGUAUGAAAAAUAAAGUAAAUGCCCUUUCAACAACAAA